AUUAAUUGUAAUUGCCUCAAGAAUAAAAAGCUACUCGCAAAAUGCAAGCAGCUGAAUAACUGAUUGAUUUUAUUCUACACCAGGGAGUUGCCUUUUCAAAAGUUGGUCUCGUAACUGCUGUAACGGAGUUUCGGAGGACUCUUUGUUUACAGGAAAAGUUCGUAAACAAGAUCUUUCCUCACAGUUUUGCUAAACCCCUUUUAACUGCUGAAACGGUGUUUGCUUGUACGGCUACGUGUGUAUGUGUACUGAGGAGCGAGCCGAGCGAGAAGAAAAAGAAAGAAUGCUGCCCUCUCUUUCUUCUCCCUGACCUCACCCCACUUUGCAGUUUCUUCUCUUCGCUCUUGUCAAGCUCGGAGAUGAGAUGACAGGCAGCUAAUUACACCCAGUCACUAAAUCCAGUGCCAUCGCCGCUGCUGUUUGCUGCUUCUGGCUUGUAGAUUCGAGCUACAAUCCAGAUCCAGGAGGAAGAAGAGCAGCCGAGCUCCAGUCCAGAGUUUCGCGAUGGCUCUCAAGAAGAAACCCGGCCCUCUUCCGCCUCGAGACGUCCACGACCACGACCGCUUGUUUCCGCCACUGCCAGGCAGGCCACAGCCCCAUCAGCCGCAGCAUCGGCCGCAGCAGCCACAGCCGCAGCCAUGGAGGCCGCGAGGUGGAGAGACCGUGUACAAGACGGCAGUGUUCCUGGGAAGUAUGAUCGUCGUCGCAAUCCUCUUGGUGAUUCUCAUCUGCAUGGCUCGCUGGGACAGCAUCGUGAGGUUGGUUCCAGCUUUCAGUUCCACAGACCUCCGGCGAUGGAUGAGGAGGCGACGGUCGAGAAGGAACAGUGAUUUGCCCAGGGAGCCCCGUGAUCUGGACCUCGAGGCCUCCUCCGAGGACUUCACCAUGAGUAACAGUCUGUCCAAGAAGAACAGGAGCAGCAACCGGCGAGCUGUGGAGGCGCUUCCCGUUGUCAACUACUCGGCAGCAAAUCUCAAAGACAAUCUGGAGCUGGGCUGCGUGGUCGGAACCGAGUGCACAAUCUGUCUCUGCGAAUUCACCGACGGGGACAGAGUCCGGAUCCUUCCCGACUGUUACCACGGCUUCCAUGUCGAGUGCGUCGACGUCUGGCUCAUUGCUCAUGCGUCAUGUCCAUCAUGCCGGAGAAGUCUUCACGCCCCUUCCAGGCUCGAAGACCAGCAGCAGCAGCAGCAGCAGCAACAGCAGCAGCAGGAGCACCAGUCGCUCUCUUUUUCGUCAUCUUCUUCCCAGACAACCUUUAUCUGAUUUCAGCUCGGUUUCGGCUCGGCUAGGCUCGGAUCGGUUCCGCUCGGACUUGGAAGAAACACGAAUUGCUCGACGACGGUGAUAAGAGUCGUCGUUAAUCUUUCUUUCUCCGAGUCUGUCCCUGUCGUGCUUUCUUUCCUCCCACUGUUAUGUAUUGGCAGCAGAUAUGUUAAGACCCGGGUGUCACAUCCAGGAUAGCUUUC